CAAUCAUCGUUUUUGAGUGGCAGCAGUCUGGCCAUAGCAUCUCCAGUAUGAUGGAGUUGCAUAUGCGAACGCUUAAAAGAGAUUUGAGGGGAAGAAAAAAUUGCGAGGGACGGCAGGAAAAAAAAAGCCGUGAGAAAGCUGCUGAUAGCACCUCUCACUUCCCGUCUCCCGUCGGUCGCAACUUUUUUUUAUAUACAACCUACCCACAACCAUCCAGUAGAGAUACCUAGGAAUCAGGUCCUUUACGUCGCAAAAAAAUCCACAGCCAUGACUUCCGCAUUAGAUCUCCAGCUCGAGGGCAGCUCGGUUACCUUUGAGCAGCUCUUUGAGAUCCAGGAGGCCUUUGAUGAGACCGAAGUCGAGAUCAUCCGUCACCAGGUGAAGCUUAACAAGCCCAUCUACGAGAAGCGCGCAAAGGUGGUGGCGGGCAUCCCCAACUUCUGGCCCCUUGUCUUCGAGCAGGCGCCGCCCGAUGUGGACGAGUACGUCCAGCCGACCGACGCGGCGCUGCUCAUGGCGGCGCUCAAGUCGAUCCACGUCUCGCACUUUGAGAUCGAGGGCGACGCCGCCGACCCGGCCAAUGGCGACCCGCGCAGUGUGUCCAUCAAGUUCGAGUUCGGCGAGAACGACCACUUCGAGGACAAGAUGGUCGAGAAGAAGUUCUGGUACCGCCGCGCCAAGGGCGGCUCCUGGUCCGGCCUCGUCAGCGAGCCCGUCAACCUCAAGUGGAAGGAGGGCAAGGACCUGACCAACGGCCUGCUCGACGCCGUCAAGGCCGUCUGGGAUGAGGACCACAAGCCGGGCGCCGCCGCGUCCAAGGACAGGCAGGAGCUCACGGCCUCGGAGAAGGCGCUCGCCAAGAAACUCGAGGAGUCGGGCGGCUCGGGCGGCGUCAGCUUCUUCGCCUGGUUCGGCUACCGCGGCAAGAAUGUCUCGGCCGAGGAGAGCCGUGUGCAGACCAAGAAGGAGAAGGAGAACCGGCGCCUCCGGGCCGAGGGCAAGGAGGUCCCGGACGACGAGGACGAGGACGCCGAAGACGAUGAUGACGACGAGGACGAGGACCCGCUCGAGAUCUUCCCGGGCGGCGACGAGCUUGCCGUCUGCAUUGUCGAGGACCUCUGGCAGGAUGCCGUCAAGUACUUCCUGGCGGCUCAAGAGCAGGACGACGGCAGCGAGAUGGACUACGAGUCCAUGGACGAGGACACGGAGGAUGCCUCGACUGCGGCGGACCAGCCCCCGGUGAAGAAGCACAAGCAGAAGAACUGAGCCACGUUUGAGCACGCAGUGGGUUUCUCUGGGAGUCGUUUCGGAUCGUCGGGGGCUGUUCGUUUGGGAGCUGUUCACAUGGGUGCUGGGAGAUGCUUGCCGGCGCGCGCGGGACGGGACAUUAAUCGGAGUUGGGACAAGCAAGAUAAAAAAAAAAAAAGGGGGGAGGAAGGAAUGUGACGUCUGGAUGGGAAUUCGAUAUCAUUUUUCUCUGCCUCCUUUGGCGCACACAUGGAUGGUGAAGGCUGUCAUUCCUGUUAGCGUGCGAGUCGUCGACGAUGUGCAGUGGCUUGGCGAAAGACAGCCCAUUGGCUUGGCAGGCGCCAACUUUGCCAGAUCUGGACCCCCCUUCUGUGCCAUUUUUGCCUAGCCUCCGAGAAAAGUCACCAACCCCUGCGCCCCUGCGGAUGCACAGACAGACAACGGGCGCCCGCAUGAGUCGCCUAGGCCGCCUCUGCCCGCGCUCCCGGCCAUUCGGUUUGGGCAUACGAGAUUGGCCGCUGACGGAUCAAUACCUAUGGCCAUAUCGGAGAAGUCAAGCGGUGGACCACCAGACCCAGCCCGGAAACGAGCGCCCAUACUUUUUAUCUGUACCACAUAGACAACAACGUCAACGCAGAACCGGGCGGCGGGCAUCAGCACAGAAGGCGGCCCCCCUCCGUCGAUCUUCGGAUGGGCGGGAUCGGCCAAGGUUUGAGGCCAUGUACCCUGCCCUCUCUUCCCUAUGCACGUGGGCCCAUAUGGCGGGAGGGUCCAACCGGCCGCGGCUUUCAGGCAAAGCUC